UAAUCGAAUACAUACUCAAUUCGAUAGUUCUCAAAUCGAUAAUUCGCAACUAAAACAGCAUUAAAAAAAAGGAAAUUAAAUAAAUAUAGAAACCUAAAUAAGCGAAAUCGAAAUACGUGUAGACAACAAUAAGUGCAACUUAUCACCGCCAAAGAGCGUACGUACAUCGAGAGAAAAGCGACGGAGACAGAGACAGCAAGCGGCUUUUCGCGAGACGCCGCAAUUUUCGCAGGCAACACUUUCGGAAAAGAGAGGAAGGAAAGGUGAAAAAAAAAGAUGUCACGCAGCGUGCGGGCGGAGACGCGGAGCCGGGCCAAGGAUGACAUCAAGCGGGUGAUGCAGGCGGUGGACAAGGUGCGUCACUGGGAGAAGAAGUGGGUUACCAUUAGCGACACCACCAUGAAGAUCUACAAAUGGGUGCCCAUCUCUUCGGCCAGCGAAAAGAAGUCCAAGCUGCAGCAGCUUACCGGCGGUGCCGGUGGGGGCGUGGCGCCGCCCCCCGCUGGUUCGGUGGGUGGCAAUGCCGGUGGCGGCGUUGGCGGAGGCGUCGGUGGUGGUGGCGGCGGCGGAAAGCUGAGCGACAAGGAAAACUCGCAAAAGGGCACACCCACGCCGCCACAGAUAACGCCCAGCUAUGCAGGACUGACCGCCGAGGACUCCAAUACCUGUUUCUCCGUCGUCUCGGACAGCCAGGGCGCCGAUUUUGUAUCGAGCAUGCCCUUCUCCGAAGACUCCAACUCACAGGGCAGCGAUCCCGGUCCCGUAAAGCGUCUGAAAACGGGCGACUAGCCAAACAUUCGCAGCCACAGCGCCUACAGCAGCAGCAGCAAUUAACUAAGGUCGUAGUUAUUUUAGGUUUAAAUUAAAUCAUGAUUCACGGACGAGACGUCAAAGAGUAUAUCUGCCUCAGCCCCCCAAGACUUAAGCAAUUCUCUCCUACUCUUAGAAGUUUAGGACCACAGCAGCAGCAAUACGCUGCAGCUUAGCAUUAACAAAUUAACAACAACAUAUUUAUUAGCACAACAAUUGUAACAAGGAAGAAAUGACGAAUCGAUUGUGAACGAACCCUUCCAUUGGAGUAGGGAUCUCGUAUUUUCUAGAGAGAAAAAAAGGUUUACUACACAGGCCGACAAUAUGUUUGAAACAAGAACCGGAAUAUGUUGUUUUCAAGGUUUUUGAUGAACAAAUCUCGCUUAUAUAUUUUUUUUGAGAUAUUUUUACGCAAAAAUUGCGAAAGUUUGUUUUAUUUUUUGGUACAUUUGAGGUGCUGUAACUUUAAUAGUUAAAUACUUAUUUUGAAAUCGAUUGGUAAAGUACUGUUUUUGUUUUAGAAAACCAGUUUUUAAAAUUUUAUUUUUUUUUAGACUUUGAUUUUGUGUUAACAUUUUUGAGUGUGGCAAAUAUGUAUGGAAAAAUUUAGAUAUAGAUUUGAAACGAUUUCUUAUACAACAGAAUUAUUAAAAAACUGAAAAAAGCUGCAAUAUAUUUUGCCGGAUAGAAAAGGACCCAAAAAAGUCUUGCCGGUAGACGAUAUUUUCAAUCAUAACCAAGUAGAAGGACUUGGAUAUAUUUACUUGCAAUAAUCUCCAAUAUAAUCUUUAAUUAUUUUAAAGUACUGGAUCUUUUAUUUGUAAACCCGAAACUCGGUAGUCACGUUAGCUUUUCAGACAGACGAAAUCGCUGAAUGGCUGAAAAUAUUAAAAAGAAUAAUUUGUCGUACUUCUUUCGUAUAACGAAUCCAGUAGAUAUCUAGAUGACCAAUGAUUUUUUAAUUUUUUUAAUACAUUUUGAAGUGCAAGAACAUCAUUUUUAAAUUCCGUAUCGAUCGUUUCAAAGUCCUGAAAAAAAAAUACUUAUUGAAGUUAAAGCAUCUCUUGAAAUGUGUCCAAAAAAACGUAAUUACAUAAAAUUUUGGGUUAAAUAUCUCGAAAAACGUGUUGGAAAUUUUCUGAUUUGAGUUUAGUACAUAAAAAACGUAUAGAAAACUAUAUUCCUGUUCUUGGUUUUGCUAAUUUUUAUUUUCAUUAUUGUUGGCCUGUGCCAACAAGAGGAGAGCAGCGCCAGUAUAAAAACAACUUGUAGAUCUAAAUAAUGUUAAGAUCAAAAAGUACAUAAAUAUACAUAUAUACAUUUAAUUUAAUCUUAUGAAUAAGAAGUAACAAAACUAACUAAAAUGCAUAUUUUUCUCAUGUUUCCAUUCGAUUUUGUUCAAUUUUAAACGAUUUUGUACACAUUCAGUGAAUGUAAAUACGUUUAAACGCUAUGCAAAUGUACAUUUAUGCUUUCUUUUUGGAAUUUAAGUGGAAAUGUGAAUGAAAAAGCAAACUUACAUAUUUAUGCCCCGAAAAACAGUAGCCAUAUAAACCUCUCUCUAUAUAAAUGAUAUAACACACUAUUACAUUAUAAAAUAUAAAAACACUUGCCUAACCAUAGAAAUGACCCUCUUCAUGUCUUAGCUUAUAUACAUAAAUAAUAAUAAUAAAGGUUCUUAACUGCAA